AUGUUCAUGUUUUCAGUGUUCCCUGACGAUGCUCAGCAGAUGGUGCAGAUUAAAGAAGAAGCUCCUGGAGUACGGGUACUUGGUUUGGACCAACAGGACCCAGAGACCCUCAACAUAAAGGAGGAAGAGGAAGAACUGUGGAGCAGUCAAGAGAGAGAUCAGUUUUGUGUGAAAAAGGAGAUUGAUGACACUGGGUUUGCAUUCACAGCUGUUCCUUUGAAGAGUGAGGAAGAUGAAGAGAAACCUCUGUUUUUACAGCUUCAUCAGUACCAAGUAAAAGAGGAAGAUCUUCCAACCAGUGGCUCAGCUGACCAAAAAGCAGCAAGUGAUGGAGAGGACAGUGGAGGAGCAGAAACUACCAAGAACCCAGAUGAUGAUGAUGGUGAUGAUGAUGUGAAUAACUCUGACUCUCAGCUAAAAGACUUAUCAGGCUCUAGGUCAGAACCUGAAGAUGAUGAUAAAGACUGGAAGGAAAGCAGAGCUCCUGAGUCAGGCUUACACACUGUCAACAAAUCUUGCAACUUCACUGAGCAUGGGAAACAAUUUCACAAGACAAGUCAGUCAAUGAUGUCUUCAAGUUAUUUCAUUAUCAAGGAAUGUUUUGAAGUGAAGAAAACUGGAGGCUCAAUCAAGAAAAAACAAUCAAGACAGAAAUCAUUUAGUUGUGAAGACUGUGGAAAACGAUUUAACCAAGAGGGUAACCUAAAGAAACACAUGGUAGUUCACACAGGACAGAAACCAUGUGCUUGUGAUCUUUGUGGACACAGGUUUGGACAAAAGUCAACUUUAAACAGACACAUGAUAGUCCACACAGGACAGAAAGCAUUUGCUUGUGAUAUUUGUGAACAAAGGUUUGGACAGAAGUCACAUUUAAACAGACACAUGAUAGUCCACACAGGACAGAAACCAUUUGCUUGUGAUCUUUGUGAACAAAGGUUUGGACAUAAGUCACAUUUAAACACACACAUGAUAGUCCACACAGGACAUAAAGCAUUUGUUUGUGAUCUUUGUGGACAAAGGUUUGGACAGAAGUCAGAUUUAAACAAACACAUGAUAGUCCACACAGGACAGAAACCAUUUGCUUGUGAUCUUUGUGGACAAAAGUUUAGACAGAAAUCACAUUUAAACAAACACAUGAUAGUCCACACAGGACAGAAAGCAUUUGUUUGUGAUCUUUGUGGACAAAAGUUUAGUCAGAAGUCCACUUUAAAUAGACACAUGAUAGUCCAUACAGGACGGAAACCAUUUGCUUGUGAUCUUUGUGGACAAAUGUUUGGACAGAUGUCAGAUUUAAACAAACACAUGAUCCACACCAGAGGAAAGCAGUUUAGCUGUGAAUAA